AAUCAACAAGGGAUGAGUUCUAGUUUAGAUGCAAGUGCUGACUUCACCCCCAAGAAUUGCUUAAACAUAGAUGAAUUCCUAGGAGAGUUUAACAAAUCCUACCAUCUCAAUUCAUCAUCGAUUGAAUUAGAUGACAAUGAGAAAUGUCAUAAAGGAGAAGCUAGAAAGAGAAGCUUUAUGGAAAUGGAGAAUGGUGAAGAGGAACAAAGAGGAAGCCUAGACUUGAAUCUGAGUCUAACACCGCUAGGUUUGCUGCAGCAAAAGGAUUUAUGUGGAAACCAAUCAGAGAUAUCAUCGACAUCGUCAUGCAUGCCUGUAAACCUAGACUCAUCGUCAAGUGAAGAAGUUGAGUUUAGCAACAAAACAAUUGAGGAUCCAUCACUGAUUCUGAUGGGUUGUUCUCAUUGUUUGAUUUACGUGAUGGUAUCUGAAAUAAAUCCCAAAUGCCCAAAGUGCAACUCCUCUAUUCUGAUUGAUAUAUUUCGCCACAGAUUGGGUAAGAAAUCAAGGAAGACUUAGUUAAUC